UUAUUGUACAAUAGAAACAGGCACUUGAGGCAAUAUUGAUGUAACUUGUGUUUUACGUCGCGUACAUGACAAUGUGCGCGUAGUAGAAUGUAGUAAAAGUUUAUGCCAAUCAUCUCCUAGUGUACAUCUGUUGCUUCCGAGGAGAGGGAAAGAAAAAUGAAAGAUUGAUUGAUCACUAAUCUUUCUCAUCGAUCGGUACACUGUAUCGUGUAUACAAGAGCCAAUAUAUUUGUUGCAAAUUAUGCUAUCAACUAUUAUGCUUGGCCUGUCAAAAUUAAGAUGUACGAUGUACUAGGCACGUAUGUACUCGCCUAAUAGCGUGAAAAAAACAGCGAUGCGUCUGUAAAUAGAGUAUUUUCGAAAAUAAACGUAUUUUUGUAUGGGGCUGGCAUCUAAAUGCCGAAAGUUUAGUGCGAAGUAUAAUUGACUCUCACAACACAUCCAUAACUACUGCUUGGAGCAAAAUGCAAUGUAAAAUCGACGAUUUGCCUGACGAAUUGCUGGAGUACAUUUUGAGCUUGAUACCACCUUACAAAGACUUUCAGGAGUGCAGGGUUAUUUGUAAAAGAUGGUAUCGUGUCACCAAAAAUGUGAUAGACCACAAUAGAGCCCACUUUCAAAAGUCCAUUGCUUCCGGAUCUUUGCUGUGGAACUCGUUGCCAUCCCCACACUGGGCACCCACUAUUGGAAAGAGACACUCACAUUCUGCAUGCAUAUAUGAUAAUUCCAUGUACGUGUUCGGUGGCUGUACAGCCACCUGGACAACAUUCAACGACUUAUGGCAGUUGGAUCUGGACACGAGAACCUGGAUCAGACCAAUGACUAUGGGCAGUUAUCCAUCUCCCAAAGCUUGCGCCACUAUGCUUCAUUACAAGAAAAACCUGAUUUUAUUUGGAGGGUGGUCACACCCAUCGCCAUAUCCUCUGCAUCAGCAAUGGAAACUAUUCAAUGAAUUACACGUAUACUCUAUCGAAUCAAAUAAAUGGACUGCCAUAAGUACAUUAGAAGCUCCGCCACCAAUUUCCGCACAUUCUGCAACAAUACAUAAGAAUUUAAUGAUCGUUUUUGGUGGAGUCAAUGAUGGAUACAGUUCUAACGAUGUGUGGUGCCUGAAUUUGGACUCGUAUAGCUGGCAUAAGCAAACUACAUCAAAUUUUAAGCCGCAACGACGUUAUGGCCAGUCGCAAAUUAAACUUGGAGACAACCAUCUACUUGUGCUUGGAGGUUGUACAGGCCCGAAUGCUGCUAUGAAUGACGCUUGGCUGCUGAUAAUGGAAGGCGCAUCUUGGACAUGGAGGAAAGUUAAUAUGCGCAAUACAGAAUGGGGACCGACUCGUAUUUGGUGUCACCAAGCUUGCAAGGUCGGAAAUUAUAUCAUAGUACUUAGUAAAAACAAAUCUCAAGCUAAGCCAAGUGAUAUGAGUAUUUCGCUGAAGAAAGUUGCUUGCCAAAGGAGUAUCUCACCACGUUUGUGCGAAUCAAAUCUUUUACAUGAAAGACAAGGAAGCUUGUCUACCGUAGACAGAGACGAAAAUGUAAAUGGACGGCAUGGUGCAUUCUCCAGAUCGCACUCGCAGAACGCGCACAUUCCAUCGCACACUCCCAACAUCUCGAAAAUAAUACCAUUGUACAGUGACAACACUCUAAGCAUGGCCGCGUUUCGCGACCAACCGCUGCGUAAUAAUUCGAGCACGAACAGACGACGCCAGGAGACUCUAAGAAGAAUGGAAGAGAAACUUCGUAAUAAAAGAGCGCACUUGAUGAAAGUAUUUCCGAAGGCCGAGAAUACGUUGUCUAUAUACGUGCUAGAUAUUACGAAUGUGUUUUCCGACGAUUGCAAUGCCUCGUGGAUCCCGGUGAAGCAGAACGAUCAUUCGGGACCCGACGAGAAAAUUCUGUAUUCUCUUGUGGAGGGAAGAGGAGAGCUAAUUGUUUUCGGAGGUAUCCGUAAGGAACACUCGAUGUUAGACCAGUCCGACGAUUCUGUAGUGUAUAACGAUCUCCACUUUAUACGUCCACCUCGUUACAUUAUUUAAUAUCGAAACAAUAUUAUAAAUAUGGUCAUACGAAGCAUCAUAUUAUUUUAUCAGAAUUUCGUUCACAAUAGAUUUGUUCUUUAUAGCUGAACUCGGGCUGCACUGGAACUGGACUGUUACAAGUAAGAACUGAACGAGUCAAACGUUUUUCAAUUCAAUUCAAUUCAAAAUGGCGAAUGGCAAAAGUUUUCAUUGCGAAUAUUAUGUUAAUAAAACGUGUAACAUAUAAUACAAUCUUGUUCGAUGCUGCAAGAAAAAGUAGACGUUGGACUACUUUCAUUUACCGUUUUUUUUUGUUUUCAAGUACGCUCGUUAUUUUAAUUUUUGAUAUUCUUACCGUUUUCACCGACUCCAGAUCUAGUGCAGCCUGUAUUCCGAAGCUUUAAAUAUACUUUGAAGAGAAACAUGGAUUAUGCACAAAUAAAAUAAGAUUGAAGAUUUAUAAAUUGUAUUCAAUUAUCAAAGCGGCACACUUUUACGUAUUUUUAUGUACACUUUUGUAUAUCAUUUUGUCAUAAAGUGACAAUAAUUAUGAUAUUUAUUUUACAAACGCCAUCUUGGUAAGAUCUCAAUUAUCCUCUAUUUCGGCUGCUUUUAAGCUACCAAAUACUUGUGAUGGUAUAGUUUGUUUUUCAAUUGGGACAUCUGAAAGUAAAUAUAAGAUAUUAAGUACAUUAUUUUGAGAUAUUUUGGAAAUUGAUCAAUGGUAUACGGAGGCAUGCCGGAAGAUUGGAGAAAAAGAAUAAUUAACUGAUUUAUAAAAAAGGAGAUAGAAGUGAUGUUAGAAAUUAUUUCGUAUUAAUUAGAGGAAUAACAUUGAGAUGGAUACGGCAUAUACGCGUAAAAUUUACACGAGUAUCUCGAAUGAGAAAUUGAUAAGAGAAGUAAAUAGAAAGUUACAGGAAACAGUUUCGUUUUAGAACAAGAAGAGGUGUAAUGGAUGCAGCAUAUGUGUUAAAUUCUAUAAUUAACAGAGAAUCAAGAGAAUUAAGGGAAGACGGAAAGAUGGACAUGGUGAGAAGGAUAGAGCAGGAAAAAGAAAAGGAACAAGGGAAAAGAAGAGAAUUGAAAGAGCGGGAUGCAGCCGGUGGUUGAAAAAGUUGAAAUUGUAUGAAAUUUUAUGAAACUUUAUGAGAUGUUAUAAUUUAGGUUGUACGUUCUGUUUUGUUUCAUAUUUUAUGUUAAAAAAUGUAUGCGUGUAUUGUAACAAGUGUAAAUAGGAAGUCAUCCUAAGCCGAAAAGCAAGGAUUAAAUAAAAAAAAAUAAAGUAAAUUAUUUUAAAAAA